CUGCCUCCAAGGUUAGAAUGUACGUGACCCACAAUUAGCCCGCCGUCCCCGCAGGCGCCGGGCCGCCUGUCCUGUCCUCCGCAUCUCAGAAUACUAACCGCAUUACUACUGGUCAAUUCCGGAGAGAAAAGACCCCCUGGCAAACGCAAGCUCAUGUCCAGGCCUCACACCUGGCCAGCAGUCGCAGAACCGCCUUUCCAUCUGAUCUACAUCCUCUUCCCUCCGAUUUACAGGCUUCCAACCCCUCCUCCUCCCUUUUUCUCCCACUCCAGCCACGGCACCUGCUCUGGCUCCACCUGCUCUCCACAGCCGGCCUGUAUGUGUCCCAAGACCCUCCAUUCCGUCCCCACCAGCUCCCUUCUGGUCCGUCCACACAUGCCAGGUGAUCCACAUUCCGGCUCGGACGGGCCGAUCGGCGCAAAAUCCCGGAUUCUGGCUCUUGGACACACUCUAUUCACGUUUGAUUUUUUUUUUCCACUCACCCUCACGCACCCAACAGUGACCAUCAUCGGCUCCUUCGAAAAAUCAGAGGCCUCUGAUUUAUUGUUAGCCGGAGACGUCUGGAGCUGGAAUGUGUGUGCUUUGAUGGGCUUUUGUGGCUGUUUCUGGCUGGAAUCCUGUUAUUUCAUCAAGUGCAUUGUCAAUAUAGGAAGAUCACAUUGGUUUCUGGCUUGCUGGCUGCUUUUUUUUGUGCUUGCCUUUGUCAAAUCGUGGGAUCAUCUUUUUUCCCCUCUUUUGUCCACCUCACACUCGUCCUACUCUAGAUUUAGAAAAAAGGAAUUUCUGAAGAGAUACCCAAGCAACCCAUACGUCCUAGAAUAGUUUUCAUUGGGGAUCACUUUCACGCUAGAUUCGAUCCAAGUCAUUUUUGCCCCACGUGAUCUGCAUUCUGUACAUUAUCCUCAUUUUCCACUUUUCCACCGGUGAUCUUGUGAUCUGUGGCUUCCAUCGACUCUCUCAAUAAGCAUAUACGUCCCACUGCUCAGUUUGUGGGUUUCUCCUUCAUUUCUUGUUCAUUCACCAUUCGUACAUUGUUCUGCUCCUCGUCAUAUCAAUCGUUCUGUUUUAUAC